CAUUUUAGAUAAGUUUUAGAUAAACCAGGAUAAACUCGUCAUGUAAAAUUUGGAAAACAAGCUCAGACAUUUCAUAAACAAGGAAGUUACGUUGGUUAGAUAGUUACAAAUAUGCCAGAAAUAUAAUCUACAAGCGCUAAAUAGUGUGUGAACUGUGUCGGACAUGUCUUAAAAUCCGGAAUUUUACAAGAAGAAGGAUUUUUUUUUCACAUUCUUUUGUUUAAUACGUGUUGAUUAUCAAAUUUAAUGUUCUUUAUCUUUAAUAGAAAACGUUACAAAUACGAGUAUCAAUAUUAGUGAUAUAGAAAUAACCAUUAAGAAAUCUGUGCAUAUCAAACGACAAGCAGAUUUAACGGAAACAUGACAAGUACGACGAACGAGAAUGGGUCCGAUGUGAAACAUGCCGGUUUGCAAAGUGGUUAUGAUCUUCCCGUAUAUGGAGUAGAAAAUGAUACAUUUUAUGCCAUUCAUAUUCCAGCAAUCUUGUGUAUCACAUGUAGUUUUGUUUGUGCCGUCAUAGCAAUAACAUUAUCUUUUAAAAGGCAGAGCUAUCGUAUUUUCUUCAGCCACUGGUCGAAAAGCGAGAGAUUCAUAGUUUAUUUGGCUGUAUGUGAUGGCUUGUUUAAUAUAUCUCAUUUUACUGACCAUUUACAUAUUGUUAUUGUCAAGGAUCAUGUUUAUCCGAAAGAACUUUGUGAAUUUUACGGAUUUAAUCUUGCGAUAUUUAUAACUGCACAGAACCUUAUGGUGAACAUAGUUGCAAUUAAUGCAUUUAUGCUGAUGUAUUUUGAUAAAAAUUUGAAUUUUGGAAGAUGCGACUUCCGUCUUCUUCUGUGGACAUUCGGUGCUCCUUUUCUAGGUGCAACUAUCGCCGGUAUAGCAGGACAACUCGGUCCAAACGGAACAUUUUGCUACUUUGACGGAAUUAAAGGCAAGGUGGCAAACAUUUGCUUCACCACAGUUCCUCUUUUACUGAUUCUUAUCGCAAACACGGUACUUUACAUGAUGACUUGGAAGAGAAUUCACGAUCAAGGAGAAGCCGUAAAGAAGUCAUUGAGUGGCAUGUCGGCAACAAUGCGCGCUUCACAUCGUGCUGCACGAGCUAUGUCAUUAUUCGUAGCCGCGUUCUUCAUACAAUGGUGGGCAAUGGGGUUAUACGGUAUUUGGGGUAUUGUGGAUGAAGAAAACGUACCGCAAGCAUUGUUCCACCUUGUAACAACGUUUUCCAAUAUAGGAGGCUGUCUCAAUCUUGGAGUCUAUGUCCUUAUCCGGCGACGACAGCUGGGCAAAGGGGAGCAAAUGUCUGUUGAGAAACUGUCGAAAGAUAGCGACGCUAGGAGAGGACCACAUAGUGUUUUCACUUCAGAAACUACCUUUAGCUCUUCUAGAAAUGUGUCUUUAUGCAACUUAACAGCUUCAGAAAGUCAUCAUUCGCCUUUAAAUGAACAUCAGAACAAUGAUAAUCUGCAAGUUUGAAAUACUAGUCCGAUAAUAGGCUCGUUUAAACAGUAUUUUCGGAACUGAUAUUGUACAGAAUUUGUUAUUGACAUGUCUGGAUUGCAUUUAACUUUGGUUAAUCGAUUAAAUCGCGUACAUGUUAAUGUAUAUUAUGGGGUCACUCAUUGAACAAUUUAACUGUUUUGAGAUAUUUUCCCAGCUGUAAAUGUUAUUAUUUAAAGGAACUGCACUACACAUUUGUAAAUAAAGUCUGUCAGAAGAUC